AUGGAACAGUUCAAAAAGGGCUUAACAGCGAAUCUGAGGAAACUUGGAUUGAACAAAGACUACUCGGAGGAAAUAGAUGGCUUGUUUGAGAAGGGCAUUCUAAAAGAUGGCAUGCCUUACAAAGCACUAUUUAACACCUUCUUGAUUCAUAUGAGCAAGAGGAGCAGGCUGUUUGAAAAUAUUAUGAAAGGCAAGUAUAUUUUUGAUUUAACCUGUCAUCUUAACUCUCCAUAUGUGGAUGCGGAUCCCAAUGGUGAUGAUUUGGCUUGCAAACUGGAAAAAUCUUUCUUAAAUAGAAUUGAAUAUGUGCAUGUUGAAAGACAGGAUUCAAAAAUAUUUAUUGGAGUGAGAUUUAAUAAGAAUAUUUAUAUGGAGCUCAAGGGCAGUGAAGUGCAUGAAUAUCUAUAUCCGUAUCGGCUACUUUUGUUUGAUAAGCUUGUCAAAAUAACCGACUAUACAUUUGAUCAACUGCUUUUUAGCUACACGAAACCUAGAGAUGUUAAGGUAAAAUAUGCGGAGUUUGUGGAGCAUCUCAAGACCCUUAAAUUGCCCCUUUCUAUCACUUUUGAUGAUUUGCUGUUUGAAAACACUAACAUUCUGCCGAUUUUUGAUGUUUUCAUCUACUUAGAAUCCAGUUCUCAAUGGCCAAAGGAUCAAGAUGCAAUUGAUUGUGCAAAGACCGCGUUUUAUUGCCAGCUUUAUUUAAAAAGCAAGUAUAGGCACAGUGUCAGCAAGGAAUAUUGUGUUUUCAAGUACGAUGAGUUCUAUUUUAAAGUUAGAAUCCUGAUAAAAUCAGACUUUAGUGCAAAAUAUAAGGUACUGAUGGGUCUUGGGUCGGCCGUGAACAAAUUGGACGAGGACUUCCAUAGAAAGGCGCACAUGGCAAAAACAAUAUUUGCACGGCUAGGGCUUUAUCCGCUUUGCUUUGACGACUGUUUUGUUGAUGUAAUUUGUCUUGCACUAGGGCAUGGUGUAAUUGGCGAUUCAAAAUUUGUCGAUAAUCUUUUGAAUUUUAACUUUGAUAUCUUUGGAUCGUCAUUUGAUCUGGAGACGCUAAAACUUUCUAAAGAUGGAUCCAACACAAAAAUGCUAAAAAUAUGCUAUACGAAUUCAGUUUUCAGUUUACCCUUGCCCGAUAGACAGAUAAUUGAGGAGACAAAAACGAAGUUACGCUCUCUACAGAUACCUGAGGUAUUAUUGGAUGAAGAUUUUAUUCUGCAAGCAGACCACAUUCUAGAUUUUGACACAUCCGAGUAUGACAUUGUACUGUCCAAAAAGUAUAUUCCAGGAUUUUCUGAAAUCAUUGGCAACAUCACCGACAGCUUUGACCUCGGGACACCGGAGUUUAAAGAGUUUUCAAAGGGCAUACUGUUUAAAAUGGGGUAUUUCUACUACAACUCUUUGUCAAGAAUGCUCUUUAUCAAAGCAAAGACUGACGUUGAUACUGAUUUAUUUGCAAAUCUGCUAAUAUUGGAAACGUCGUUUGAGUACAUUAAAAUCAACAAGCAAACGAAAAAGUAA